AGAAACCUAUUAGUGCUCUGCUCAAGCAAAGUCGAUGUCCAAUCAAAAAUUGCUAUUAUUAGUGGUGCUCUUACUGCACCAAAGUUCUUCAGUGUUUCUUAGCACCCUGACCACUGGUGGUCCCUCUCCCCCUUGUGGUCAGACCUGUCCCUGCCCUCUGGCUCCUCCCUCCCCCCUCCCUCCCGCCUCUCUCUCACCAGUGCCUGCAGGUGCCUCAGGGAAGCAGAGCUCAGAGCCUAACCUGCCCUCUGCCACCCAACCAGUCAGUCUCUGUCCAGCAGGUGCAGCUGGGAGGUCACCCUGGGCUUCUCCCCACCAGCGGGGAAGCAGAACCAUGCUGGGUCCCCUCGCCUUCCUGUGCGCCCUCCUGUUUCCCGGUGGCGUGGCAGCGAUCAGUGUGGAGCAGCCAGCCGUGGUGGUGGCGCGUGCAGGCAGCUGGGCCACGUUGCCCUGCAUCAGCACCUCGGUCAGCUACAUCCACUGGUACCGCCACCAGGAGGGUACAGCCCCCAAGAGGAUCCUCAUGCUGGAUAUGUCCAGCUCAUAUGUGACCAGAGAUGGUUUCUUGAGAGCAGACAAGGUCCACGCCAAGAAAGGCAAGGAUAGCACAAGCUCUAACCUGUUGCUGCUGAAGCUGGCGAAGAGCGAUGAGGGCGUGUAUUACUGUGCUGUUUGGGAAGAUCAGAGCACAGACUUACGGGAAGCUCAGGUCCUUGAGCAAAAAGUCCCCAACUCCCAGGGUGCUCCAGUCCUGGACUUUCCAUGGGUGCUGGGUCCCUGGGGUUUCCUGGGUCAACCAACAGUACACUGGACACUGGAGGACACCCCCCUCCGUGGAUCCACUGCACAUGACCCGGGAGGCUAAGGAGCCCCCGCUCACAGGCUGGUGUAGACCCAGGGGGCUCUCCCGUCUGGAGGCACUUUUCUAAAGAUCGUCCAGGAGCUGUGCCGGACUGGUGAUUCAAGAAUCUGACCAUCUCCAGUGAAGAAUGUGGGAAUGAAAUAUCCCGCAAAUAAUUUCAAGGCCGAGAGACUCUCUGGGGAUUCCGCACAAAAUGGGUGCAAGCCGAGACUGGAAGGCAGCUCCUGACUCCAGUUUCUAAGUUGCCGCCCCGCCCACAGCUGGUUCCUGUGCAGAGAGAGACUCUUUGAUCAGAAGCCCAGGAAACAGUGUGGCUAACUUCGCAGCACCCUCACCCAUGCCUGGCGCUCACUCUCCUACGGGGGAAAUGAUCCUCAGGGCAGGUGCAUGCAUCAGCCCUGGAGGAGACCCCGGGCCCUCCGCCUUCCCCUUCUCCUUGAAAGUGACUCCA